CAAAUCUCGGCUAUAUUUUCUACUUUGAUCCCGAUUAUUUUUCAAACGAGACUAGCCUUGAAAAUGAUGAGAUUAAUCGAACCACAAAUCCCUCAACUCAUGUCAUUGACCCGAAAGUUAAAGUUGUCAACAACUUGUAUUAAUAAUUUAUUUAGUAUAAACCAGAACAAAGGUCGCAAGUUCAGAUACACAGCAUCACUUUCAAUUUCUUCAUCAGCAGCCGAAACAGACAUGGUCAAAGCAAUCAGGGUUCAUGAAUUGGGCGGUCACGAGGUCCUGAAAUGGGAGGAUGUGCCAAUUGGAGAACCCAAAGAUGGGGAGGUCAGGGUAAAAAAUAAGGCCAUUGGGUUAAAUUUUAUUGAUAUAUACUAUCGGAAAGGGGUUUACAAAGCAGCUACAAUGCCCUUCACACCAGGUAUGGAGGCAGCUGGUGUUGUGGUAGCUGUGGGUCCUGGGCUAACUGGCAGGAAAGUAGGUGACCUUGUUGCAUAUGCUGGAAAUCCAAUGGGAUCAUACGCUGAAGAACAGAUUCUUCCAGCGGACAGAGUGGUUCCAGUUCCUUCUUCUAUUGAUCCAGCUGUUGCAGCCUCUGUCAUGCUGAAGGGGAUGACUGCUCAAUUUCUCGUGCGUCGCUGUUUUAAGGUUGAACCUGGACACACAAUUCUUGUUCAUGCUGCAGCAGGUGGUGUAGGAUCUCUUCUGUGCCAGUGGGCAAAUGCGCUAGGUGCUACUGUUAUUGGAACCGUCUCUACAACAGAGAAAGCAGCACAGGCUAGAGAUGAUGGAUGUCACCAUACCAUACUCUAUAAAGAAGAAGAUGUCGUUACCCGUGUGAAAGAGAUAACUUCAGGGAAAGGUGUUGAAGUUGUCUAUGAUUCUGUUGGAAAGGACACAUUUGAGGGGUCAUUGGCAUGCUUAAAAACACGGGGCUACCUGGUGAGCUUUGGACAGUCUUCUGGUUCCCCUGAUCCAUUGCCUUUGUCUGCUCUUGCUCCAAAAUCCCUUUUUCUGACAAGGCCAUCUCUCUUCAAUUACACAAUAACACGUGAUGAACUGCUGGAAGCUGCCGGGGAAGUGUUUGCCAAUGUUGCAUCAGGUGUCCUAAAGGUUCGUGUAAACCACACUUAUCCCUUAUCUGAGGCAGCGCAAGCACAGGCUGAUCUUGAGAAUAGGAAAACAUCAGGCUCUGUUGUGCUGAUACCAGAUGGAGCUUAGCAGCAUGCUCGAAAGUUCCAGAGCUGGUCCAGUAAUAUCCGACCGCAUCCAUAGAUUGUGUAUUAAUGUUUGUUCUGGUGUGUAAUGCACUUUCUUAAUUGUGCCUUUUGUAUAAACAAAUUCCAGGUGGUUUCUGUUAGGUCUAAACUUGGUUAAAAUUUUCCAAUGUCCAUCGAUUCUGGAUUUCGGCCCAUAUUUAACAUGAGUUCCAUGUAUCUCUACUCCAAUAAGUCAGAUUGACAUGUAUUUUCUCUGUA